AUGAUAAAGAUUGCUGGAACAGCACAUCAGCCGGUAUUUGGAUUUAUUUAUAAUGAAUUUCUGGACGACUUGGGCGUUGGAACGGGGGCAGUUACAGUUGUUUAUGGAGUGUUUCAAGUGACCUUGGCCAUUGCUGGUUUCUCGGCGAAUAUAGCUUUAAAAAGGUUGUCUUUAAGACAAGUGGGCCUCAUAGGAGCUUCUAUUUAUACACUAGCAUCAUUUCUAGCAAUAUUUGUUGUGUCGACGACACAACUAAUCAUAACGAAUGGUUUCCUCCAAGGGUUAGGAAUGGGUCUUCUCAUUCCAGUAUCCUAUACAAGUUUUAACAGCUAUUUCACAAAGAAAAAGGUGCUUUAUUUAAGUUUGUGUAAAGCCUCUAUUGGAUUGAUAACGAUGAUUUACCCACUAUUCAUUAAAUUCACAAUGACCGAAUAUGGAUUUAGAGGAACUUUGGCAAUACUCUGUGCCAUAUCAGCGCACAGUAUAUUUGGUGCUGUUGUCAUGCAUCCCGUCAAAUGGCAUAUGAUCAAACAGCCCAAGCCAGUGGAAAAGAUUAUACUGAUACCACCCACACCAGCCGUGGAGGUGCCAACGGAUACUUUCAAUUUCGCCAAAAACGAUAUCGGAGUCAGCGUGGCGGAUAACGGGAGAUCAGUAGAAAAUUUGUGUUCGACCGAUCGCACGGGAAAUCGGAAAGGCUCCGAAUUGCUUUUAGCGCCUAAAUUAGACUCCAGGAGAUUAAGCAUCCCUAUAGUAUUAAUUCCUGCUGAUAAAGUAGAAAGCAAAUUCAAUUCAACCGAUUCAGUGUAUCUUGAGAAUCUUUACAAGGCAGCUUCUGUGUCAAGCCUCGGAAAUUUCGGUAAUAUUGUUGCUGAACCAAUGCCCAUUAUCAAAAAUAAGGAAGGAAAAUGGCAAACAGUUGCUGAAUUCUUGGAUUUGACACUACUUAAGGACUGGGUAUACGACAAUAUAAUAUUCGGAAUGGCGUUAGCAUUCUUUGCGGAUUUAACAUUUUUCACUCUCGAGCCAUUGUUCUUGGAUAAAAACCAUCUUAACAGGGCCCAGAUAGCAAAUGUCAUUGCAAUCGGCGGAGCUACUGAUAUGUCAGCGAGACUUUUACUAGGCGUAUCUGGACAAUUUUUUAAAAUAAAUAGUCGGCACAUGUUUUUCACGGGUGCUCUUCUCACCGCUGUGUUUAGAAUAGGCAAGUUGUUCGUGUCAUUCACAACUUACACGCCUUUGUUGAUACUGACUGGUAUACUUGGAUCGUUAAGGUCCCUGGUGCACAUUGCACAACCUAUAGUGAUGGCGGAACAUGUCCCGAUAGAGAGAUAUCCACCAGCUUAUGGAUUGUAUAUGUUGUUAGCUGGAGCUCUCAGCCUAUCAGUGGGACCUAUGAUAGGUAAAAACUUAUCAUUCUUUAAUUGUAAAUAUUAA